AUGCAUGACAAUGAUAAAGCCUUCCAGCUACAAUUCACUUCUUGGUGCAUGCAACGUAAUAUUGUGCAAGCUGCGGUACCUCUUUAUGCACCUGAGUCCAACUCGGCUAUUGAGCGUCACAAUCGAACAUUUCACGAUGGGUUGAGAGCCUGCAUUGCUUCUACUGGUGUACUGGAUUGGACUGCCCAUUACGACCAAGUCGUUAAUCGCAUUAACCAUGUCCCUAAUUCUACAACUAAAACUGCUCCUUAUGAUGUCUUAUUCAAGGUUCAACAUCAUUGCCCCUUACGCAACGACUACAAGUCCUUGGACUCCUUUGUCUACCCUUUCCCGCCCGAUCAUUCCCCACGUUUUCAGCAAGGCUCGGUUGUGGCGCGCAGAUCGGAGAGAGCUGGCAAGUUGGAUCCGGCAUAUGAAGGCCAUUAUGAGGUUCUAGAGGAAGUUAGACCCGAUGUCUUCUCUAUCCGACGUAUUGGUGCCACCAAUUUGGUGGUACUGGUGUCAACGCUGUCCCUAUACAACUCAAAGCAGAUCGCCUUAAACUAUUACCAGGGUUGCCUAGAGUACAGAAAUUCUAGUAUGUGCAUUACCUAUCACAUCCUACUCAGCGAGCAUUACUCACUGCUUUAG